AACCAGAAUCUCCCCUCUUUACCAUCUCACCACCUUCCAUUCGGUCGAUAACAAACUGCCUGUAAAUUUCCUUUUUAUGGAUUGACUCGAUAAGAAGAAAAAAGAAGCCAGAAAACCAAUAAAAAAAGGACGUUCUUCCUCAAGUCACUCUUUGCCCCUCACUCUCCGACCUUCAGACCUUGACCGAUUAACCCUCCGCCUGAGCUGCCACUGCCUGCCAGAAAGAAAAGCUUUUGCUUACUUUCAGCUUCUUCGCGCGGAAACGACGAUUGAUCCUAAGCUGCCCGUUCUCUUGAUUCUUUCAACUCUUGAUCCUUUUUUAUUUCUCCCUGAACGCCAUCGACUCCGACAUCUCCUCGAAAUCCCCUGGUCACCAAUGAGAACUUCAUAACUUUUGAUCCCGAUACCUACCUGAAUCACUGUAAUCCCACAUUCCGGCCAUUCUCAUGGCGCGACGCUACGAGAUCGAUGAGCUGCUAUGGCUGCGCUCAUCGCCUCUGGUCACCAAGCCUGCGAGCUUACCGCCGGUAGAAGAAUGGAUGGGACCACUUCCUGAACGAAAACCCAAAGACCCGAACAAUCAGAAUGAGACUACGACCAACCGACGACCUAGCAUUAUCGAAGCCCGUCAUCUUACACGAGGUUCGAACUCAGAGGACAUUAUUCUCGGACCACCACGGACGGCCUUCGCUUCCGCAUCCCGCAUUGCCGGCAAGGGCUCUAUAGAUGCAACGGAACGGCCGUCUAGAAUACCGGACUCGGACGAAUCUAAAAAUGACCGUUUCAACUUUCGGGACAAGUUUUUCAAAGAACGAGAAUCCGGCGAUUUUGACAAACGCGAUGGAAAACUAGGCAUUUUCACCAACCGACGUAAUGAUAAGGAGGACUGGAAUAGUGGGCGCCCACGCCGUGCCUUCGGCCCAGAUGACCCUGAACGUAAGCCAAGGCGCAACGGCGAUUUCGAUCGAUGGGAAGGCCGUGAUAACACCAGAGAACGUGACCCCCGAGACUCAAUAACAUUUGGAAACCGUGAUAAGGAUAGCCGAUUUUUCAUUCGAAAAGAUGGCCAGCCAGGACGGUCGAAACUCGAAGGAAGCUGGUUCCGUGACGAGAGUAAUGCGCAGGAUGCCCUUGAAGCAGAGGAAGACAAGCCACCAGUUCGCAACCGUGAAUGGCGUCGUGACAGACAUGGUGCGGAUCGUGACUGGACUAGGGGCGCUAAGUUCGAGCAAGAUCCUGAGUGGUUAGACUCAACUGAUCGAGAAGAGCCCAGGCCGGUGCAUACCCAGGAAGACUUUGAACAAUGGAAACAGAGGAUGAAGGCUGGCUCCGCUCAGGUACAGGAGAAACGAGAGCCCCCAUCGGAACCAGCUACCAGCACCUUGCCAAAACUGGAGACAAGACCUACCGAUGGUGAAAUAUUCAGCAGUACUGGCACGCCUCUCCAGGCGGAUGCUACGAUGGAACGAUUCUUUGGAUUACUCAAUGAAGCGAAGCCUUCCCCGGACAUCGGCAAUCAGUCGCCUGUUGUGGAGCCAACUAGCAGCAAGAAGGAGGCGAUGCCCGCCAAAUCUAUAAAAUCAUCUCGCUUUGCCGGCUUGUUCAGUCCACCUCCGGGAACACCGACGAGGGAAUCCGAACCUCAGGCUGUAGGCCAGCCUCACGCUGAUCCCGACCAGGAAGGGUUUCAACGCAUCUUACAGAUGCUGGGUGGCGGUGCCAAGUCGCGCAAUGGUACUCCCCACAAUGAUACACCACAGCCUCAACGCCCUCCAUCGUUGGUGCAGGCCGAGCAAGGUCGAAGUGCGCUCUCGUCACCGGUUCGUGAGCAGUUCAUCCGCCAGGAUCAAAUGGCCUUCAAUGGAUCUCCUGCUCGUACAACUGCACCUCCGCCUGGACUCUCACAGCACCCUAUCCAGGAACCCUUCAAAGAUCCGCAUGCCGGUGAACGUGAGCACUUGCUUCGUCUUAUGCAGCAAGUUAGGAUAAGUCCAGUCCCGAACAUGCCCCAUGGAAGCCAGGGCCCUCAGAGUGCUGGUCCGGCUCCUGGCAUGAUGAACAUACCUGAAAUGAUGUCUCAUCCCCCGGGAUUACCUACCCCGCAGAAGGGUCCCAGUUUCCUAGAUGAUCCAGCUAUUGCCAACAUGCAGAGACCAGAUGCUGCUGAUCAACUUCGGCGUAGACCCGCAAAUGGGCCACCCAUGGGCUACUUCGAUGAUAUCCUCUUUGCUCAGGGUAACAAUGUUCCCAUGACUCCUGGCGGAAGCCGGGCUCCGCAAGGCCAGGGCCACCCUGCUAUGGGAAUUCAAAGGCCACCUGGGUUCGAACAUCUGCCGCCUCCUCCUGGAUUCGGAGGUCAACAAUUUCCACCACAACAGGGUGCACCGGGCCCAUUGGCACCUCCGCCAGGUAUCCCAACUCCCAACCGAGGCAUCAACCCGAAUCUCAUGUCCAAUGCAAUGCCAAUGCACGGUAACCUUCCUCCCCUUAAUGACCGUCAAGGCUUCCCACGUGGAGCUGGCGGCAAUGGAGCGGCAGCAUUCGGCCCACCACCUGGCAUGAUGCCCCCUCCGGGAUAUAUGAACAUAAAUGGUCUACCUCCUUCGGGGUUGCCGCCGAUGCCACAUAAUGCGGAGGCCCUGAUGGGACUUGGUGGUGGACAAGGUCCGUUCGGAGGCAAUCCUGGUCCUCAGGGCCCGCCGCCAUCCUCUAGGCAUCUAUUGGACAUGUUUGGCCAGGCUAACGGUGGUGUUCCCGGACAUUUCCGGUAGAUUAUUACUGAACGGGACGGAGUUCACAUUCACGGCAUGUUGCCAUACUGCGAAGCUCUCUUUCAGAUGUCUUUGAUGACACCCCUUUGGUCGAUGCCGGAGUCUCUUUUCUUUUUCCAUGUUCCAUCUGAUACGCCCUUUAAGUUUGUUGUAUCCAUUUUUUGCCCUUCUACUUCAUACGCAUCACGGAGGGGGUGUUGAUGAUGACCAUCAGAGGAGAGUUUUGUUAUAUGGCUGGUGCCAUUCAGCUAGUUAUGGAUUUGGCACGGACUUACAGGGUGGAUUGCUCGCUGUGAUUCGACCAAGUGACUUUGCUGACCAUUGGAAAGAUUGGAGGGGAUAUGUGGUGAUUGAUUGAUUGAUUGGUUGAUUGGGAAUAUCCUUGAAAGCUCGCAAUACCCUGCCAUGGAUCUGUGUCAAUCCUGGAUGGAUGGAUAGUUCCAAUUCAAUCUAUUACAUGGACCUGGUCUUGUCUUCGGAG